AAUAAAAACAUAGUCAUACAUCCAAGUGUCAUUUGCUAAUUUAUUUACUCAAGUACAUAUUCUUCUUUCAAUUAAAUAGAAAACACUCAAAAGUAAUUCUGGCGUAGUUUUGUUAAUUUUUUAUCAACGAACCUCAAUAUGGCAUCCAGUGAGGUGACAAAACUUCAGCAGCAUUUAUCGCUGCUGAAGGAAGAAUAUAGCAAACUGCAAAGCCAUUGUGCUGAAGUAGAACGAAAGUACACGCUGGCGGCGGCAUCCGCCGGGGAUCUCAGUGAGACCAGCUUUGUAGCUCGACUUCUGAUGACAGUUGCAACUCUUUAUGGCAGAAAUACAUACUCGGACAUCAUUAUCAAGCUGCAGAGCAAAUCCAUGCCUGGACAUAAAUUUGUAUUAAAUGCUCGUUCUGAUGAUUGGAAUGAAGAAGCUCUAAAAGACCUCCAAGAAUUAGAUUGGUCAAAUCUUCCUGAUGACAUUGGUGCUGCACUCCUGAAAUGGCUAUACACAGAUGUGGUAGACUUAACCCGUGGAGAUGUGUUUGCACUACAACUCAUGAAGUCUGCAGCCAGUUUCAAACUUCAUGGCUUAGUUGGCAAGUGUGAACAGGCACUUAUAGCUUCAGUUGGUGUAAGGUCAUGUGUUAAAUUUUACUCUGCGGCUGAUGAGAUAGGAGCUUCGGCUCUUAAAGAACACUGCUCUGGGCUUAUAUCUACACAUUGGGAUGACCUCACAGGUGAAGACUUCGCUCACAUGUCUUCAGCGCUACUCUAUCGUAUGCUGAAAAGUAAGACGACGCAGCCGUUACAUGGAGCAGUGCGGCUCAUGCGCGAGGACGUCGUCUUCCUCUGUCUUGUGGAGAACCACGCCAAUUUAACAGACAUAGUAAACGCUAUGUCAACGAGAGGAGAGCUGCCCCUGGAGCUGGCACUUCGCGGACGCAGUUCCUCUAUUGCAACGACGCUGUUGCAACAUUGUGCAGAUGCGGACGCUCGCGGGCCCCGCGGCCGAACAUUAUUACAUAGAGCUAUCGAUGCCAGAGAUGCUUUCUCUGCUAAAUUUUUAGUAGACAACGGUGCAGAUCCGAAUUUAACAACAAAAGAAGAAGGAGACACAGCACUGCACCUUAUAGCUGGGUUAACAUCGAGCUCGUGUGAUGAAGAUACAAUGGAGCAAAUGGCGGAGGUCGCAGAUAUAAUGGUUCAGAAAAAUGCUGAUAUAAACCGACAAAACAAAAAAGGAUUCACACCCCUACAUCAAGCAGUGAUAGCUCGAAAUCAACGAAUAUUUGAAUUGUUACUUAAACAACCAAAUUUAGACACAAAUUUGCGGACUCUAACAGACGAAAACCCGCCCUUGUACUAUGCGCUUGUUGACGAUAGACGCGCGUCGAUCUCAUCAAGCGAAACUUUAGUCAUGAAUGGAUCUAACCCGUUUGAUACCCCUGUUACGAAUAAAAAUGCCUUCACUGAAGAUCCUGUGGAAGAUAAAACUGAAAGUGUUGUCGAAAGAGGGUUCGCUGCUAAAUUGUUAGCUAAGGGAUGCCAACCAAAUCCACAAUAUUCAGGAUCCGGUGAUAGCCUGCUGCAUAUAUUAGCACUUGGAUGGUUUGAGGAUUCUGCCGUAUUUUUAACAACGCACUUGAAUGGGGAAGUGAAUCACGCUAACGAAGCGGGUCUGACGGCCCUACAUGCGGCGUGCGCCAACGGUCUGGCGCGACUCACCACUGCUCUAUUGGAGCACGGUGCUCGGCCAAACAUGCAGACCGCUUAUGGCGAACAAGAGGACACUGUUUAUAGACAAACACCCCUUCAUUUAGCUGUAUACAAUAACCACGAAGGUGCGGUAAUGGCUAUUCUGGAACACAAGAAAUUGGUGGAGAAGGGAGAGUAUCCAGCGACAGACCGUAACAAUGUCAGUCUCCUACCUAAUCUGAACUUGAAGAAUUCUGAAGGAGAUACACCUGUGAGCCUUGCGUUGGGUGAAUGUCACAAGCACUUAAUAGCGCCACUGAUUGAGGGGGGCGCUGAUCCCAACAUUCGUAAUGGUAAAGGCUUCACGCUGCUCCAUCAAGCCAUUGUAGAAGAGGAUUCUAAAACCGCCAUCUAUUUAUUGGACCAUGGAGCUGAUAUGAACGCAUUAACGGAAGCUGGUGAAACUCCACUUCAACUGGCAAUACAUUGCCGUUUAGGUUUAGUCGUCGAAGCUUUAUGCGUUCGAGGCGUAGACAUGAGUCGCCUCGACGCCAACGGAGUACCGCCUCUAUGGGCUGCUCUCGACUCCGGCCAGGAAGAAGUGGCUAGUAUUUUGGUGAGAAAUGGAGCGGAUGCCGAUUGUUGGGGGCCCGGACCGGAUGGUUGUUUACAAACAUUAUUACACAAGGCGAUAGACGAGAACAAGGAGUCGCUGGCGACGUUCCUGAUCCGGUCGGGCUGCGACGUGGAGUCGGCGCGGCGCGCGGGCGCGGCCGGUGAGGGCGCCGACGUGGCCGCCGACCGCCACGCGCCGCUGCAUCUCUGCUGCACCUGGGGGCUCGUCGACGUCAUACAGACUCUUCUAGAACACGGUGCCAAUAUAAAUUCAAAAGACGCGGAAGGCAAAACACCGUUACACAUCGCGAUAGAGAACCAGCACGCGGGCAUCAUCUCGCUGUUGUUGUCUCACCCGGGCAUCGAUCUCUCUGCGCGCGACAACAAAGGUGUGUCGCCGUUCGCGGCGGCGCUCACCGCCAAGAACAACAAGGCUGCACAGUCUAUACUGGAGAAGAAUCCAUCGGCUGCUGAGCAGGUCGAUAAAAAGGGUCGCAACUUCCUUCACGUGGCCAUCCAAAAAUGUGAUAUGGAAAGCGUGAUGUUCCUUUUAUCGGUGGAGGUAGAUGUAAAUUCUCGUGUACAAGAUGCGACACUAGCGCCGCCUUUGCAUUUGGCGGCUGCUGCCGGUAACGAAGUGCUUCUGCGGAGUCUACUGCUUGCCGGCGCUAGGCCCAAUGACAGGGACGCCCACAAGCGCACGGCGCUGCACGUGGCGGCGGCGGCGGGGCAGGCGGCGAUCGUGUCGGCGCUGGUGAGCGGCGGCGCGGAGUGCGGCGCGGUGGACGCGGCCGGCGACAACGCGCUGCACGUGGCCGCGCGCGACGGACACGCCGCCGCCGCGCGCGCCUUGCUCGCCGACACCGACGUCGACGCCGCCGCCGCCAACCUCAAAGGUCGGAAUCCGUUACAUGAAUUAUGCUGGUGUAAAAAAGAUAAUGCGGCGACAAUAUGCGAAAUAUUCCUAGAAUUUAUGCCUGACUAUCCCAUCAACAAAACAGAUUUACAGGGCAAUACUCCGUUAUUGCUGGCGUACAUGAAUGGGCAGGCCGCCAUGUGCCGCGUGCUUGUACGCGCCGGCGCUUGCCUCGCGCAGGAGAACAAGGAGGGAAUCUCCAUAUUCAACUAUCAGGUUGCCACAAAGCAGCUGUUACAUAGACUCCUUGAUGCGCUGCCAGCAGAGGCUCCGUGGGCUGAAAGCGACCUGUGUCAGGAAUGCGGCACCAAAUUCACGCUUACUAUGCGAAAGCAUCAUUGUCGUCACUGUGGUAGGAUGCUAUGCAACAAAUGUUCCAGCCAAGAUGUCCCAAUCCUCAAGUUUGGUAUGAAUAAACCUCAGCGAGUGUGCGAGAUUUGCUUCAACGUCCUACAGGUUGGCGCCAGUUAGUAAUGUCUCCAUAAACAUGGCGAACAAAGCAUUAAUAGGGUGUGAUAUACUCAUAUUUUGUAUGAGAGCUCAGCGAUGUCAUAUUGUAAACUAAAACGUAGAGUCGAGUACGGAUGAGUUACUGGCUAUGACAGCAAUAAUGUGUAAAUUGUUUAAUUUUGUUACAUUUUCUUUUUAAAUUUAGUUAUACAUUGUAUAUUUAUAAAUGUAUGGUCACAAUAACGUUAUGUAAACAUUUAUAGUAAUUUUAUUACUAUUAUUAAAUUAACUAAUAUUUGGACGCAAAAAUAAAGUGGAGGCCUGCUUCAUAAGUAGAAAUUCGACGGGUACGAUAGUUACCGUUGAAUUGGCGUCUUAUUAUUCUUUUUGUAUGAAAAGUAUUGAUUUUUUAAUACAGCUUUUACAAGCUUUCAUUAUGUCGAGUCAUUUUGUCGAGAUCUAUUCGAAUAACACAGUAGGCCUCCAGUACUAAAAAAUGUAAUUGUGUAUAGCGUACACGUAAUUUAUACUAUAAAUAUUCUAUAUACAUAUUAGUGUGUAGUCAGUAUCAGAUUAUAAUUUUAUUGGACUCGGGUAGCAGUACCUAUACAUGAAUACGAACAUUGUUAAUAUUAUACGAGCCACUGACCGGGAUUGUUUUUAUAAAAAGCAAAAAAAAUGCCACAGUAUAUAAGAGACAUUGUUACACAGGCUUUAUAUUUAUUUAUUUACUAGUUGUCCUGGUAAUCUUCAUGUCACCUACAAAGCCAUCUGUUAAAAAUAAUCCGAAGUAGCGAUUCCCUUACAAUAUUACUUAUUUUUUAUUUUUUUUGUUUUCACUGUGGAAAGUCUCAUUAUAUUGAAUGUCUUAUAUGUAUUUUCUGGUACAUGCGCACUAAUUACAACUGCUGUUUAAUUUCAUUAUACUUUUGCUGUGUUUUGAUAAUUCGCAUUUGUUAACAGUAUUCGUGUUCAUGUACAUUUGAGAGCUUCAUACUUAGCUAUAUUUAAUGACUGACGGCUAUUGUUUCUUUAGAAUUUAACGUGUACUUAUAAUGCCUAAACCUUUAAGCCAUCCGUUAGAAUAGGAACAAGAGUUCAGUGCCUCAACUGUCCAUAUAUUUCAUUAAAUGUUGUGUAGAAAAAAGCCAAAGUCUGGAUGUUGUUUGAUAAAAAACACCAUUUACAUUAGAAGGAACUAUGGAUUAGGGAGCGGACUCCUAUUUACGUAUCAUACUAGCUCCCAAUCUGAUUUUAGUUUUCACGGGAAUUACACCAGAAUUGGUCCUCUGGCAGUUUAGUUUCUUCGGUCAACAGAAGAAAUGGAUCCGUAACGAUUCACCUAUUUUUUAAUGGACAAUAAAAUUGGUAACGUAAAGGUGACCAAUAUCGGUGCCUGAUGUCAUGGGGUCACAAUAUUCCUGAUAUUGUUAUUAAAGUUGAUUUUGUAAUAAUUUAGUUAUAAUUUUAUAUAGCUAUAUUUGUUUUGCAAGAAAUUAAAUAUGUUAGACAAUUAGUCAUUUAGAAUUAAUGCUCAUUAUAUUUUGUUUUCUUCAUGUAUCCACGUCAUUGCUUAGAUAUAUUGUCAAUUUCUAAUACUUUAGGUAUAAGAUUUUAUAGACAUUGAAUUGUAUUGCAUAGUCAUAAAAUUACGAUGUUUAAUCUCAGAUCAUACAAGUUUCAAAAUAAUAUUUGAUAUUCGUCAAACGUAGAAUACUUUAUAACUCGUAUUCAAAUUUGAUUUAAUUCGCUUAGAGAAAAUAGUAAAUAAUAGGUAUACGAUAAUGAAAUCAAGAAUCGAUAACUAUAUACAUUUAAUUUUUUCAAAAUUUGUCUGUCUAUUGGUGUAGCCAGAGACCAUAAAUCGUGCCGAUUCUAUAUGACGCUUCUUCUCUACUAUAAUUAGUACAAUAAAUUAUACAGUAUAUGAUUUUUAUUUACGGGAGUUUAUGGAAUACUUUAAUAUAAUAUUAAUUUCCUCGAUAAACUCACCUUUUGGAAUUUAUAUAUUUGAGAUUUUGAUUUUCUGAGAUGUGUUUUGAAUUUCAUAAGUUAUUUGAGACUUGUAUGUUCUGUAAUUAAACGAAAAUAGAUAAGGUAACUUAUAUAAAUAUUGUCGAGAUGACUGAAAAUCCUGUAUAUCUGACUUUAAGGAAAUGCAGUAAAUAUAUAUUUCUUCAAUCAUACCAUUUAGUUCUGCUGCAUGUAAAAUAUGUUUAUGACAGUACACGUAAAAUUGCAUUUCCUCUUGGUUUGGUUGUUAAAUAGGUAUGUAGGUAAAUGAUAUAAUAUGCUGUUUAAUUUUUAUUUAUAUUAUUUUGCAUUUGAAUUAUUAAAACAUUCCAAAAUUUGUUUAGUAUUAGUCAGUAUUUAAAAUUAUUUUUUCUUUAUUAUUAUAAACUUUAUCCAUCGAAGAUAGACCUGAGAUAAACUAUAUUUGGUGUAGAGAGUAUAGUACGAAUAUUUUGUUUAUAUAUGAAAUUAAGAUUUAUUAUUUACAUAACUUUUAGGGACAAACUAUUCUUCUGUGAUCUUUAUUCUGUUUAGUAAUAGUUGGCAAUAGUAGGUAUUGAUUUAUGAAUUGGUAGUGCCAUUCCUUAUUACUUUAAAUAUUAAAUUUUCCACUGCAGCCAAGUGUUAUUUAAUUAAAAUAUGUAUUUGCUUUUAAUAAAAAUGUAUUCUGAAA